GCGGGCUGGGGAGCGCGCGGCGGACAGGGGGCGGAGCCGGAGCCGGAGCCGACGUGCGGCGGCCGCAUUCAGACCUGGGAGCGCCCGUGCGCUGCCCGCGAUUCGCCCCCUGAGGAACCAAGAAAGAGUGUGCAAUGAAUGGUGACACUCGGGCCGCCGUGGUGACCUCACCACCCCCGACCACAGCCCCUCACAAGGAGCGGUACUUCGACAGGGUGGAUGAGAACAAUCCAGAGUAUUUGCGAGAGAGGAACAUGGCACCAGACCUUCGCCAGGACUUCAAUAUGAUGGAGCAGAAGAAGAGGGUGUCCAUGAUCCUGCAGAGUCCUGCUUUCUGUGAAGAGUUGGAAUCGAUGAUACAGGAACAAUUUAAGAAGGGGAAGAACCCCACAGGCCUGUUGGCGCUACAGCAAAUUGCAGAUUUCAUGACUGCGAACGUACCGAACGUCUAUCCCGCAGCUCCGCAAGGGGGGAUGGCGGCCUUGAACAUGAGUCUUGGUAUGGUGACCCCUGUGAAUGACCUGAGAGGAUCUGAUUCGAUUGCCUAUGACAAAGGGGAGAAAUUAUUGCGGUGUAAGUUGGCAGCAUUUUACCGGCUGGCAGAUCUCUUUGGAUGGUCUCAGCUUAUCUACAAUCAUAUCACAACCAGAGUGAGCUCUGAGCAGGAACAUUUCCUCAUUGUUCCCUUUGGACUUCUCUAUAGUGAAGUGACUGCAUCCAGUUUGGUUAAAAUCAAUAUACAAGGAGAUGUAGUAGAUCGUGGAAGCACUAAUCUGGGCGUAAAUCAGGCUGGCUUUGUGUUACACUCUGCCAUUUAUGCUGCGCGACCGGACGUGAAGUGCGUGGUGCACAUCCACACCCCAGCAGGGGCCGCGGUCUCUGCGAUGAAAUGUGGCCUCUUGCCAAUCUCCCCGGAGGCACUUUCCCUUGGAGAAGUGGCUUACCAUGAUUAUCAUGGGAUUCUGGUUGAGGAGGAGGAAAAAGUAUUAAUUCAGAAAAACUUGGGGCCUAAAAGCAAGGUUCUUAUUCUCCGGAAUCACGGGCUCGUGUCGGUUGGAGGGAGCGUUGAGGAGGCCUUCUACUAUAUCCAUAACCUGGUGGUCGCGUGUGAGAUCCAGGUUCGAACUCUGGCCAGUUCAGGAGGGCCAGACAACUUAGUCCUCCUCGAUCCUGGCAAGUACAAAGCCAAAUCCCGUUCCCCGGGGUCCCCGGCUGGGGAGGGCACCAGCUCACCUCCCAAGUGGCAGAUUGGCGAGCAGGAAUUUGAAGCCCUCAUGCGGAUGCUCGAUAAUCUGGGUUACAGAACUGGCUACCCUUACCGAUACCCUGCUCUGAGAGAGAAAUCUAAAAAACACAGCGAUGUGGAGGCUCCUGCGAAUGUCACAGGUUACUCCUUCGCUGGUGACGGGGACCCGGGCACUUGCUCCCCUCUCAGACACAGUGUUCAGAAGCAGCAGCGGGAGAAGACAAGAUGGCUGAGCUCUGGCCGGGGCGACGAUGCUUCUGAGGAGGGGCAGAAUGGAAGCAGCCCCAAGUCGAAGACUAAGUGGACUAAAGAGGAUGGACAUAGAACCUCCACCUCUGCUGUCCCUAACCUGUUUGUUCCAUUGAACACUAACCCAAAAGAGGUCCAGGAGAUGAGGAACAAGAUCCGGGAGCAGAACUUACAGGACAUUAAGACUGCUGGCCCCCAGUCCCAGGUUUUGUGUGGUGUAAUGAUGGACAGGAGCCUCAUCCAGGACGCACCCCUCUCUGACUGUACGGAAACAAUCGAAGGGCUCGAGCUUACAGAGCAGACCUUUAGUCCUGCUAGAUCUCUGUCUUUUAGAAAGGGGGAGCUGGUGACAGCCUCCAAGGCCAUCAUUGAGAAGGAGUACCAGCCCCACGUCAUCGUGAGCACCACGGGCCCCAACCCCUUCAACACGCUCACUGACAGAGAGCUGGAGGAGUACCGCCGGGAGGUAGAGCGGAAGCAGAAGGGCCCCGAAGAGAAUCUGGACGAGACCAGAGAACAGAAAGAAAAGAGUCCUCCAGAGCCCCCUGCUGCCCCCCACACCCCCCCCAGCACCCCUGUCAAGCUUGAGGAAGACCUGCCGCAGGAGCCCACCUCUGGAGAGGACAGUGAUGCUGCCACCUUCAAGCCGACUCUCCCUGAUCUGUCCCCUGAUGAGCCUUCAGAAGCGCUCGGCUUCCCCACAUUGGAGGAGGAGGAGGAGGAGGAGGAGGGGCUCAGUGAAGCCCACGAGCCUCCCAGCCCCGCCAGGUCCCCCGUGGCGGCCAGCCCUGAGCCAGCCUCCGCCCAGGUGGCAGAAGAGACCACCUCCCCAGCUGCAGAGGAGGGGGCUGCCAUGGACCCUGGCAGCGAUGGGUCUCCGGGCAAGUCCCCUUCUAAGAAGAAGAAGAAAUUCCGCACCCCCUCCUUUCUGAAGAAGAGCAAGAAGAGGAGUGACUCCUGAAGGCCCGUCCUGCACACACCGAAGCCACCAGACUGCCCCCGAUUGCGUCUCGUGUCCUGUCUUCCUGUGUAAUGGAAUGCAAAAAGCCCAUCCCUCCUCAUAGCUAGAGCUCCCCUCAUGGUGUGACCAAAUCCCCACGUAGCCCGGUGCUAACCUCGUGUGCGCGUGUAGCGGGCCUCGGGGGCUGGGGGAGACACGUCUCCGCGGCCCCUCUGCCUCCGCCCGCCCUGCCCGGGCUAGCACCCCGCGGGCGCGCUCUCCCCCGGGGGCUGUCCGUCCUGGUUCUGGCCGGACAGUUGGAGGCCCUGGCGGCUCUGGCCUUGCCCUCCCUCUCCUCCUGUGGUGCAGUCUCCCAUGCUGUGCGUCUGCUAGGCUCCCCUUCACCCCCACGUCUCAGGUGACUGAAUCAGACUUGGAGCUUCCUGCUGGCAUUACCUGCUCCGUGAUCUCACUUGGGUUGUAGCUACAGAACCUCAGUCCUGUGCGAGCACUCCUGUGCCCGCCGGCGGCCCCGGGCACCCUGACGGCCUCUGAGAGCCGGGGACCCAGCAGCAGAGGGGCCUGCGUAUACCCCAUAUGCCCUGUGCAUGGUCUGAUGGCCCUGAGGCCAGAAACGGGGUUCAGAGGCCCCUACUUUCUUACUGGGGUCUCUAGAUUACUGUCAUAGAGAAGAUACAUUAAGAGGGGGAAGAGUCCUUUCUAGAAUUUUCCUUCAGCAGGUUUGUAAUUCACCCUCCAUCUUUGACCAUGAACAGGAACAGGCCACUUUUUGCUUUAGUUUUCUCGCUCUACCUCCGCACAGUGCAGCAGAGCGUGGCUCACUGUACGGGAGGGUUUGGAACUGGGAGGGAUCGCCUCUUAUUUUAACUCAGCCUGAAAGAUGCCGGUUUUGGUAAAAGGUAGCUCAAGGUAGAAGGGGACCCAGCGGUCCCUCCCUCACUUCUCACACUCGUCCUUUGUGGAGCCAGGCCUGGCUCUCCUUGUGGGACAUCGUAAAUUUUCAUUGAGAUUCCUGAAAAAUCACAUGUAGCUGCUUAGCAGGAACUAGUGGGGUACCCAUUCCAGGGGCUGCCCGGUGCCGGUCUGGCUGGGUGCCGGCUCGCCUCCUCCCCGGAAGCGGGGAGGGGCCCCUGGUGGACCUGGUGCCAGAGCCGGGCUAGGGUCCCACACUCCUGACCCCAAGCAGGACCUGAGGCCGGCUGCAUGGCGCUGGCCGCUGCUUCGAGCUUCUGGAGACGUGCUUUCUCCAGUGUAUCGUUUUGUUGCCUCUGUGGUGUUCGGGUUCUCUGCCCUCGCCCCGUCCUUCAGUUAACCACCGACUCUAGCCCUUCCUUUUGUGGCACAUACGCAAUGACUUUCAUUUCACUUUUGUAGUUAGUUUAACUCUUUGUAUCACAACAUGAAGUUUAGUCGUAUAUAUGGACACAGGCUUGGGAGGAUGGGUCCUGCGUCCUUCACUGUAACAUGUUUUCUUCACAAAUAAAAUUCUUGAAGCAGUUUCCUUGUCUAAACU